AUGGAAUCAAAUGAAAGGACGACGUUCCAAAAACAGAAAGAAAGCUUAAUCAGUGAUAUUGCUCUGGUAUCAGAUGGACUUGAACAAGUCAUCAAUAAUAUAAACGUUCUCAACAAGAAUCUUGAAGGUGUAAUAGCGAUCGGAAAAGAUUUUGAAAAUGUUGCAUCUCUCUGGAAAAAUUUCAAUAGUGCUAUUGUAAAAAGUGCUUCUGAUGAAGACUUGAAUGAUGAAG